AUGGCUGUACGGUCAGCGAUCGACCUAGACUUGAAUCAACGGCCAGAAAUCCUCGUCGCGAUCGAGGGGAGCUUAUCGCGAUGCCUCGUCCAAUCAGAUCUCGAGGGGGCCGUGCCUGGGGUCGGGUCGAAGCAAGAGGGGAAGGUUCGGGACGUGUACACUGCCAAACCUACAGCAGGUUCGGCAGCGAGUGGCGACAGUAACAGCAAAACGGACGAAGAACUGCUGCUGGUGGUAACCACAGAUCGCCAGAGCGCGUUCGACCGGAUCCUCGCAUCCGUACCGUUCAAGGGGCAGGUGCUGAACCAAACCAGCGCAUGGUGGUUUGAGCAGACCGCCUCCAUCGUCCCCAACGCCUUCCUCUCCUCACCCGACCCCAACGUCAUGCUCUUCCGCAAGUGCCAAGUCUUCCCUGUGGAGUUUGUGGUCCGCGGUUAUAUCACGGGGACAACCAGCACGUCGCUGUGGACCGUGUAUAACAAUGGGGUUCGCUCUUACUGUGGAAACGACUUGCCUGAAGGUCUGCGCAAGAACGACCGCCUGGCGGAGAACAUUCUGACCCCCACCACGAAAGCAGUGGAUCAUGACGAGCCAGUCACAACAGAGGAGAUUGUCUCUCGCGGGCUCAUGACGCGCGAGGAGUUUGAGACGACCAGGGACUUGGCUCUGAAGCUGUUUGCGUUCGGGCAGCAGGUGGCGGGGGAGCAUGGUUUGAUUCUGGUGGAUACCAAGUACGAGUUUGGAAAGGACUCGGAUUGUAACAUUCGACUGAUAGACGAGGUGCACACACCAGACUCCAGCCGCUAUUGGAUUGCCUCCACGUACGAGAAGAGGCAUGCAGAGGGGCUGGAGCCGCAAAACAUCGACAAGGAAUUCCUGCGGCUCUGGUUUCGGGAAAACUGCGACCCGUACAACGAUAAGACUCUCCCUGCUGCACCCGCUCAUCUCAUCACAGAGUUGUCCUGGCGCUACAUUGCACUGUACGAGGCAAUCACCGGGCGGCGUUUCCACCUUCCCGACGUCAAGGAGGACAUUUCGGAGAGAAUAAAACGCAAUGUGGCUGGCGCUCUGCAAAGCUUGUGA